AUGCUUUGUCGUGGGGGAGUCUGCUCAGUGCGGCUCCUAUCCUAUUGCUUCCGGUGGAGGCAGUGUUUGCCCCAUUCAGUCAAGUCUCUAGGAAAGCAAUGGCAGGUGAGUCAAACGAGCAAAGAGAUUCGCCGGAUGUAUUCGCUCAUUUCUCAACUCGAAGACAAAACAAGAUCAAAAGAAAUGGCGAGUGAAGUCGAAGAGGAAAAACAAAAAGCCAUCAAAAUCAUUUUACACAAUGAUCCCAACAGAGGACGAUAUAAGGAGGAUAUUAUGCGGGUGUUAGAUAAGGAGAAUUCUCUCACAGACCAGGCAAGGUGUCUUCUUUUCGUGCGAUUUUAGGAAAUCAACCUUGUUUUCCGCUAUCUUCUCCAGAGGAAAUACUAUCAGAACAUUAUUGACAUGACAGAAGUACUAAACUUGCUGGAAAGAAUGAGUGCAUUGCGUUCUUCUGCAGAGCUCAUCUUCAAAGCUGCCUCCGUCCAGAAGAAUAUCCGAAUCACCACGCUCAUCGCCAAUAUUCUUUCUCCAGACCCGGUUUCUCAAAGUCUGCAUAGCGGAUUCAUGAAACGGCUGUGUAAAAACCCAGUUCUUGAAGCGCAACAAGUGAGCACGCUGAUCUCCGUAAAGAAGCUGGAGGAAGCUCGCGUCAUUCUCGAUUCCUGGCCAAAGAGCCGAUUUUUCAAUCCCGUGAUUUUGUCCUCCUUGCU